AUGGAGAUUAUUCAUUCACGACAAACUGGUUUAGUCGUGCCUUCCCAGUCGUCGUCCGUAGGUUCGCUUCUGCAGCAAGGAAUAGAAGUUUCUACGAUAUGUAUCUGUAAAUUUGGAAUCCGAAAUGUAUCCAUCGGAGCGGAACUAACUGGUUACAAUCACUUGCAUUUUUCCCUAUUUCUGAAGACAUGUUCGAUCGAAUCAUGGGUGGUUGAUGGCAACUACGAUAAAAAAGACGAGAUAACUGGCCUCGAGGCAGAACAUCUUCUCGGUCGUAAACCAGACAUACUUACACCAAACGGGCUCAAUGUGGUUAAAUUCUCGGCGCUCCAUGAGUUCCAGAAUCUUCACGCAUUGGCCAAAGAGAAAAUCCACGACUUCAUCCGGGGACAUUUUUAUGGGUGA